AGUCCAUGACCGGUAAUCGUUGGCUUGUAUAAUCCUUAAUCUCUACAAAAUAAAAUAAAGAAAUCCUUACUUAAUCUUUUUAUAGAGUGUACAUGUCCCCUAUAACUAUAUGAUGUUAUGGACUAAGAAAUCUAAUUAAAAUCCGCCAAUCAAAUAAACGAACUACAAUGACCCCUGUCGACACCUACCCAAAUUGACAUUAUUUUACUGGGAAAUGAAGCUUUUAUUAUGAUAAGAUAGAUGGACGAAAAACAGAUCCUAGGUUUAAAAAAUUAGUCACAAGUAAUUGGUUAGAAACGUAGGAUUUGCAUGCUUAUAAACCGUAGAAUUAAAAACCAAGAUUAUUUUAAGAAAAUAAUAAUGGUUAAAUUUAUCCUUUUAUCGGAAAAAAAAAGUUCAAACAAAACAAAAGAAGCAAAGAGACAUAAAAUUAGUGUAACGAUGGCAUAAAUGAGACGCACACAUAAACAUUACCAUCCACUGAUCCAAGUACUGUCUCGCAUAUAUAUGUUUUUGCCCUAAACACGUGGCGUUCUCCUAUUCCCAAAUGUUAAUCUCUUCGGCCACCGGAGAGACACAGAAAGAAUAUAGAGAAAUAGAAAAGAGAGAGAGAGAGUGAGAGAGUGAAGAGAGAGAGAUAGAGGAAAGAGAGAGAGAGAAAUGGAUCAAGAUCAUGAGUUAUGGCGGACGCUAAGAUGCGCAGGUAAAGCGCAAGAUAACACCUCUGUUGAUACUCUCAUGCUUAAGUAUCGUCCGAUCGCUCCAAAGCCGACGACUACUGGUCAACCAUUCGUCGGAGAUACGAGUAUCAUGAGAAGGACGAAGAGGAAGUACGUUAGGGUUUCCAAGAAUAGUAAAGCCACGUGUCGAUCAAAGACGGACGACGGCGUCAGAUCUAGCUCGACAGAUCCGGAGAAUGGUCGGGAAGAUAUCGUCACGCUACAGCUCUUGCCGGAGAGAUCUACGCCGUUGAGUUUGGAUCAUCAUACUAAUCUGGAUCCAGCGGUGGAAGCAAUGAUCGGAGAUGAAACCUGUGAAACGGACACGUGUCUCAAGUUUAACGGCGGCGAUGAAGUGCUGCAACGGGUUCCGGUAGAGACGUGGGUGACGGUGGAGUCCGUUAACAGUGGCUCAGUAUCCCAUGCGGUAGGGUUAACAGACGAAGAGAUCAAGGAUGCUUUAGACAAAGACACGUGUCCUGGUUUCAUAUCUGAUGGUUCGAACCGUGUUGUAAUGGUUAACGAGGCUUACCGGAAGAUAGUAACCGGAGACGGCGAGUUCGGUGGAGAGGUGAUUGUGUGGUUGGUGGUUGACCAAACGGCGACGUUUUAUGACUACCGAACUUUUACGUGUAAGGUAAGACUGGAAUACACGUGGCGAGAGACCAAGUACACUAAAACGGUGCCGUGUGAUGUGUGGAAGAUGGAGUUUGGUGGAUUUGCAUGGAGAUUGGAUACUAGUGCAGCUUUAACUCUUUGGCUCUGAUGAGGUAUAUAGAGAGUAAGAUCAAGUUGUGGUUAAGGUGGUUUAAUCUCACAACUUAAUCACUCUUUCCAACUUUGUGUAUUAGGAAGUUAAUAAGUGUAAUACAAAAGAGAAACGAAUUUAAUGCUAAUAUACAUGGGGGAAGUCUUGAGAA